GUUCGCGAGGUAAUGGUGUGAGUUGGUAAAGUAGGGGCGUAUUGACACUGACUCCUUGCUGAGACUUCAAGUCUACUUCUAUCUCUCUUCCCUUUCUUGCACUCACUCAUUCUCCUGCAUGUAACUACUUGUUUAUACACACCCAUAUAAAUAUUCCUCGUGAAAUCAUCAUUAUCCUCUUCAUCCCACGCCCACUUCCAUCACUAUAUACAUAUAUGUGUAUGUAUGUUUCAUUUUUACUUCAAUAAACUAAUUCCCACCUACACCAUCUUCUUCUCUACUUGAACAAGGGUUUUUCAAUUGGUGAAUUGAAUCAAGAAGUUUGAUGGGUUCUAAAGUAUGCAUGAAUGGGUUGUGCGGGGCUACUUUUGGUGAUGGGAAAAGAGGCUGGCCUUUAAGAUCAGGGGGUUUUGCUGUUCUUUGUCAUAGCUGCUGGACUUUGUAUGAGCAGCUAGCAUUCUGCGAUAUGUUUCAUUCAGAUGACAGUGGUUGGAGAGAGUGCAUAUCAUGUGGCAAGCGUCUCCAUUGUGGAUGUGUUGCAUCCAGCUCUUUGCUUGAGAUACUGGACAGCAGUGGUGUGAUUUGUAUUAGGUGUGCGAAAGGCUCAGGAGAUCAACCUCAGAAGGGUUUUGAAAGUCCUACAGGAUUUGGCACGUCAGUGGAAAAGUAUGUCGGAGAAACACAUUUUGCUUCCACUGACAAUCAGAUCAAUGUUGACUGCAUUCAUGGCAUAAAUUUGAAGCAAUUUAAUAAUUUAGCUGAUGGUGAUGGCCCAAAGCAAUUCCUUCCAUCUCAGGAUGGUAAUAUAGUCGGGUCUCACUGUCAAAUGAAACAGGAAGGAUCCAUCCCCCCCUCAGCAGAUACUGGAAUUACAUGUUUUUCAAAUUUUGGUCGAUUAUCUGCUGGAUCGUCUUAUGAUGCCAAAACAAAAGUAUGUGAAGGCAAAGAAUAUUCAGACGUUAAAGACAUAUACGGUUCAGCAGUGCAGACAAACUUGACUAUUUCCUUGGCCACCCCAUCUUUAAUCCAACACUCUUCACCGACUGCAGUAUGUGAAGUAGUGAAGUCAACAAAAACUGUUUCUUCCUUUCAAUCAGAAUCUAGAACUUCACAUGUUCUGCCAAAGGCUUCACAGCCUGAUGUUACUGAAAGAUUAGAUCCCAAUGCUAACAUGAUCUCGCCAAUACGUGUUGCAAGACCACCAGUAGAGGGACGGAUUAAGAAUCAGUUACUUCCACGUUAUUGGCCCAGGAUAACAGAGCAGGAGUUGCAGAAAAUUUCUGGAGACUCCAAUUCCACCAUCAUUCCAUUAUUUGAAAAAAUUCUGAGUGCCAGUGAUGCUGGUCGUAUUGGUCGUUUGGUACUCCCAAAAGCGUGUGCAGAAGCAUAUUUUCCCCCUAUCUCUCAACCCGAGGGUAUUCCUGUGAGAAUUCAAGAUGUGAAGGGAGAAGAAUGGGUUUUUCAAUUUAGAUUUUGGCCAAAUAAUAACAGCAGAAUGUAUGUUUUAGAGGGUGUAACCCCUUGCAUCCAGUCCAUGCAAUUACAAGCUGGAGAUACGGUAACAUUCAGUCGUAUGGAUCCAGAAGGAAAACUUCUUAUGGGUUUUAGGAAAGCAUCAAACAAUUUAAUGCAGGAUACUCAUUUCUCUGGCAAACAUACUGGCUCUUUUGCAAGUGAACCUUUUUUAUCAGGCGUUAUUGAGAAUCUACCUGCGAUGAGUGGUUACUCUGGUCUUCUACAAUCCAUGAGUGGAGGCACAGAUCCUCAUUUGAAGGUAUUCUCAAAAAAUUUGAGCUCAUCUAGUGGAGAUGUCAUCUGGCAUGUCACUGAUAAGCCUGGAGGCAAAAGGAUCAUUGAUUCAUUGCCACCAACGUUGCUGGCUCCCGAGAAAAAAAGAAGUAGAAAUAUUGGCUUAAAGAGUAAGAGAUUACUUAUAGAGAACCAAGAUGCCCUAGAGCUGAAACUCACAUGGGAGGAAGUACAAGAAAUGCUCCAGCCACCUGCUAGUGUCCGGCCAACAACUGUCACAGUUGAAGACCACGAAUUCGAAGAGUAUGAAGGACCCCCGGUCUUGGGAAAGAGGAGCAUUUUUACUGUCCGUUCAACUGGGGAGCAAGAGCAAUGGACAACAUGCGAUGGUUGCUCAAAAUGGCGAAGGUUGCCGGCUGAUUUUCUUCUUCCUCCUGUUUGGAGAUGUCAGGAAAAUUUUUGGGAUCGCAGCAGGUGUUCGUGUUCUGCACCAGAUGAAUUGAGCCCCUGGGAACUUGAACAACUUUUCAAACUGAACAAUGAUUUCAAGAGGCGGAGAAUCACUGUCUUUGACCAGAUGUCAACACAUAAUCAUGAUUCUAACUUCCCGGGUGUCUUAGCAAGUAGCAGUGUUCAAGGUGAAGUAACUGAUCUAGGUGCUACAGCAGUUGCUACCACAACAAAACAUCCAAGGCAUCGCCCUGGUUGCUCUUGUAUUGUGUGCAUCCAGCCUCCAAGUGGCAAAGGUAAACACAAGCCGACAUGCACAUGCAAUGUAUGCAUGACAGUUAAACGCCGUUUCAAGACCCUUAUGUUGCGUAAAAAGAAACGUCAAUCAGAUCGUGAAGCUGAAAUUGCUCAAAGAAAUCAAUUUUUAUGGGGUCCUAAAGAAGAAGUGGAAGUGGACAGCACCAGCCAAGGUAGAAGGUUAUUGAAUCUUUCAGAAAAUGGAAGUAGAUCCGGAAGCGAACCACAGGCUUAUGAUGAAAGAAACAAUCAAGUCGACAGGGCUAUUAAUGCCAACACAGAUAAAUUAGACUUGAAUUUUCAGCCUAAUAGUGGUGAAGACUUGCCUAUCAAGUCGACUCAAGUAAGCAUGAUAAGUCUUGUCCAAGUAGCUACCCGGCCUCUGGAGAUGUAUCUUAAACAAAAUGGUCUUACUAGCUUAAUUCCUGAACAGCAAACAAGUUCAGGAUCACACGUGCCACCACAAGACAUUACAGAGAGUGAGGGGCACCCUCAUCAAGACCAGUCUUUGGCCCAGGAGGAUCCUCCAGGAAGUGAUGACAAGGUUUCUGAAGCUGGUCAAACUGGAACCAAUCUCGAUCAACCAUAAAGUUAUUGCUCUUACGAAUGUGCUGAAUGGCUGAAUUCCUUGAUUAUUUUUGUGUAUAAGCUCACGAAUCCUUCCAAAUCAAAAGGAUGUGUUUUUUAGAGUUGCCUGAAUGGAGAGGAGGUUGAAUUAGAAGACAAUCAUGCUUUACUAGGACACUGUAAACUACUAAACUAGGAACUUAAUUGCUUGAUUUUGUUUUGUUAGUUUAUUCUUUAGAAAGCACAGGCGAGUUGUAUACUAGAUAGUAUUUGAAAAGUGCAUGUAUUUGUACAUGAUACGGAGAGUCUGUAAACACAUAACUUGUUAAACUUGGAUUUCAGAGAUUACAUGAUUAUGUUCUCUCGUCUCGAGUC